AUGUACUCCUUCUUUUCGGCUUCGCCGCUUCUUCCAGAGGAGCUGUGGUCAUGGCCAUGGCUGUGGCCCUGUGCAUUGUCAUUAUCAUUUCUUACCUUGGCCGCGCUUUUUCUGCAUUCGUAUCUUUCCAACUCCACUAUUGCCGGCCUAUUCUCUAUUCCCAAUGCUCUACCAAUAGUUGGUCACCUGCAUCUACUGGGUGACGACCACGCAAGCGUCUGCGAAAAGCUAUGGCGGAAGUAUAACAAAUCCGUCUUUCAAAUUCGCCUAGGGAACACAACCGCUGUGGUAGUCAACUCUUUCCAUGACGCUCGUCGAAUCCUUCUCUCGCAUCAAUCUGCACUUAUCGAUCGGCCGACCCUGUACACCUUUCAUGGCGUAAUCUCAUCGACACAAGGCUUCACCAUCGGGUCGAGCCCGUGGGAUGAUUCGACGCGCAACCGACGUCGAGCAGCCGGUAUGGUUCUCUCUAGACCCGCAAUUCGCUCAUAUCAUGAUAUGUUCGAUUUGGAAACAUAUGAUAUGAUUUCCGAUGUCCAUGUUGAUGGCAAAGGAGGCAAAGAACUGGAGAUUAGACCAUAUAUUCAACGGCUAGCAUUGAACACUACCCUGACACUCUGCUAUGGUAUUCGUAUGCGGGGCGUGCACGAUGAGCUUCUCCGGGAAAUCCUAGAAGUUGGCUCUGCCAUUUCCCUGCUUCGGUCCGCUUCGGAGAAUUACCAAGAUUAUAUCCCUAUUCUACGAUAUUUGCCGGGAAACAAAAAAACGGAACGUGCAAAAUCAUUACGGAGACGAAGGGAUAAAUAUUUGUCUUUUCUACUCAAUAUUGUUCGAGAUAGGAUCCAGAAAGGCACAGAUAAGCCAUGCGUGUCAGCGGCUAUUCUUAAGGGAAACGAAACCCGGCUGACAGAUGUAGAAGUCUCAUCAAUCUGUCUGUCACUUGUAUCUGGUGGGUUUGAGACUAUUCCUGCCACCUUAGUUGGUUGCAUCGGAAGUUUAGCAACGGAGACAGGCCAAAUCUUCCAGGAGCGAGCCUACGAGGAUAUCCGACGGUUCUAUUCAAACCUGGACGAAGUCUUUCUAGAAUCCUUCGCGGAAGAAAAGGUACCCUAUGUGAACGCGCUUGUUAAGGAGGCGGAACGAUAUUAUACCGCCUCCGCCAUGAAUUUGCCCCGAAAGACCACCGUUGACAUAGCCUGGGAUAAUGGGGUGAUAAUUCCCGCCAAGACGAUGGUAUUGGUCAAUCUCCAAGCGGCGAACCAUGACGUAGAUCACUUUGGAGACGACGCCGAUGUCUUUAACCCAGAGCGAUGGCUGGAGUAUCCAGAAAACAUCCCUAUCGAAAGAAGUAUUCAGGGGUUACCACAUAUGUCCUUUGGCGCCGGGGCGAGGGCUUGUUCAGGGCAAUUCGUUGCCAAUCGCGUGAUUUAUACAGCAUUGAUACGCCUGCUGAGUAGCUACCGUAUUGUAGCGAGCGAGGAAUUCCCGCCGAAUACCCACUACGCGGAUUACAACGCCAUUAAGAGCGCACUUGUGGCCAUUCCGAAGGACUUUAAAGUCAAGUUGAUUCCCAGAGACGAGUCAGAGUUGCUCGCUUGUUUAAAGACCGGGGCUGAAAGAACGAGAUAUUACGGUAUCUAA